GCAGAUUACACUCCGGCCUACAAUUUUGCUAAUCCGCAUGAUUUUGUGCCCGAACGUUGGUUGGUUCAACCGCCCGAGAAGUACGCAAAGGACAACAAGGAGGUUGUUCAACCCUUUUCAUAUGGGCUGAGAAACUGCAUUGGCAAGAAUCUUACCUAUCACGAGAUGCGUCUCAUUUUAGCCAUAGUGCUGUGGAAGUUCGACAUUGAGCUUGCGGAUAAGAACUCGAAUUGGAUUGAUCAGAAGUCUUUUGGUAUCUGGAAGAAGCCUCCCCUGGGUGUUCAUCUUUGUUCUCGUGAAGACCGUAUGUAG